UCAACUAGCUGGCAAAUGGAGCAUCUCCUACGAAGAGUGGCCAUGGAAGCACUAUCCUAUGUAUUACUACGGCCCAGCCAUAAUAAUGCCCGGAAGCACGAUCCGUCCAUUAUUAGCGGCCUUUCAAACUACGCCCUUUAUGCCUUUUGACGACGUCUACUACAGUGGAAUUUGCACAGAAAAAGCUGGCAUUAAAAUUCACGUUUCAUCCAAUUCAUUCAACGUCUUCGUGAUGAGGCAACCUCUUGUUCCCGAUGGAUGCUACGUCCGCCGGUAUGUUGCUUGGCUCACCGAUUCCGGCAAUCACAUGAAUAACUCUCACGUGGCAACGGACGAUUUCUACCAGAACAGGACUCUAUGCAUCGUGCCAGAUUCGCACAGAAUCAACAGGACAAUCGACUACAACGAAGCUGUCGAAUUCCGCUUCAUCUAG